GCCCAAAUCGAUGCUUAAUGGAUUCAAUCAUCGUUAAAGAAUAGCCUCAGGCCGAAUUGGUGAUCUAUAGCCUUCAGUAUCAAAAGAAAAUGGCAUUUUGUCACCCAAAAAAUUACGAAAAUGUCAUCCGAAAAUAAAUUGGCCCAAAUCGGUGCUUAAUGGACUUAUCAUCUGUGAAGAAUAGGAUCAAUAGACUUCAUCAUCGGUGGUGAAUAGCCUUGGCCUGUUUCCGUGAUCUGUAGCCUCCAUAAUCGAAAGAAAAUAGCAUUUCGGAUAAAUCGCCCGAAAUCUGUGAUGGUACCCCUUUGGAAUCUGCCAAAAAUUGACCCGGAACAAAUCCACCCAAAUCAAUGCUAAUUGGACUAAAUCAUCGUUGGAGAAUAGCUUCAGGUCAAAUCCGUGAUCUGUAGCCUUCAAUAUCAAAAGAAAAUGGCAUUUCGUUGUCCAAAUAAUUACGAAAAUGCCAACCGAAAAUUAAUUGGCCAAAUUGCUUCUUAAUGGACUUAUCAUCCGUGGAGAAUAGGAUCAAUUGACUUCAUUAUCGGUGGAGAAUACCAUCGACCUGAUUCCGUGUUCUGUAGCUUCCUAAAUCGAAUGAAAAUGGCAUUUCGGAUAAAUCGCCUAAAAUCUGUGAUGGUACGUACCCCUUUGGAAUCUGCCAAAAAUUGGGCCGGAAUAAAUCCGCCCAAAUCGGUGCUUAAUGGAUUCAAUCAUCGUUAAAGAAUAGCAUUAGGCUGAAUUCGUGAUCUAUAGCCUUCAAUAUCAAAAUAAAAUGGCAUUUUGUCGCCCAAAAAAUUACGAAAAUGUCAUCCGAAAAUAAAUUGGCCCAAAUCUGUGCAGAAUGGACUUAUCAUUCGUGGAGAAUAGGAUCAAUAGACUUCAUUAUCGGUUGUGAAUUGCCUCGGCCUGAUUCCGUGAUCUGUAGCCUCCAGAAUCGAAAUAAAAUGGCAUUUCGGAUAAAUUGCCUGAAAUCAGUGAUGGUACCCCUUUGGAAUCUGCCAAAAAUUGACCCGAAAUAAAUCCCCCCAAAUCGGUGCUUAAUGAACUUAAUCAUCGUUGGAGAAUAGCCUCAAGCCGAAUCUAUGAUUUGUAUCUUUCAAUAUCCAAAGAAAAUGGCCUUUCGUCGCCAAAAAAAUUACGAAAAUGCCAUCCAAAAAUAAAUUGCCCCAAAUCGGUGCUUAAUGGACUUAUCAUCCGUGGAGAAUUGGAUCAAUAGACUUCAUUAUCGAUGGAAAAUAGCCUCAGCCUGAUGCCGUGAUCUGUAGCCUCUAGAAUCGAAAGAAAAUGGCAUUUCGGAUAAAUCGCCUGAAAUCUAUGAUGGUACCUGAUAAUCGGCUUUAAUAUAUCGGAUUUGUGAAUUUUAUGUGACUAUCUCAUGGUAUGUGUAAGCCGAUUGGUGCUAUUUUAGGGAGAAUUAAUCCGUAAUGGUUGGAAAGCCAUUACCAUUUUGUGUUGGAGUUCUGGUGUGUGUUUAGGUGAAAAGAUGGAUAAAAUGGCAGCACUAGAACUUCCGAAGCAGGAGAUGGCGGGAGGAAUUGGAUCCAUGUUUCUUCCACAACAAGUAAUUGGGCCAAGCCCAAUUGAUGGAGGCAAUUAACUGUUACGGGCUGGCGGCUUGCAAUUGGGCCAGGGGAACUAAUUGUGGGCGGACUAUCAUUUGGAGGGAGGAAAGAAUAUUGGGCCAAGGUUUUGGUGGAAUUGGGAUGGAAUUCUCCAAAAAGAAAGGAAGCAGGCGGAAUUAUUAUUCUGGGGAGGAGAAGGAAUUCUGCCAGGGGUUUCUUUUUGGGCUAGAGCGGAAUUCUUUGGGGAACAGAAUCUCUUUUGAGAGAAAUAAAAAGGCAUCAGGCGCAGCCUUGGACCGGGGAUUAUGGUGGAAGGGCGAAUUAAUUGUGGAGAAAGAAAGGAAGCGGCGCAGCAGGGCAGCAGGCAAUCAGUCGAUUUCCAUCGGCGAUUGAGUUUUUUCAAGGCUAGAGCUGAGUUCAACGAGAGCGAUUAGUUGGUUUGAUUUUCUAAACUGAACUAGUUGUGUAUUGUUGAUUUAGAACAUGAUGAACAAAACCCUAUCGAUUUAUCUUAAUUUCGUCAUGAACUAAACCCCAAUUUCUGGGGGAAACACCAUAGGAUGUAGCUAUUUCUUGAUUUGAUGGAUUGAUUUAUGAUUCUUUUCUUCCAAUCUCUAUUGCAUGAAAUUGCUUAAUGCUUUGUGUUGACUGGCCACCAAUACAUCGAUUUGUAGUUAAUUAGGUUAUUAGCGACAGUGAAACCCUAAUAACUGAACCUAUUUCAUGUGACAUAGUAACUUAUCGAAGCGACAGUGGAUUAAAUAAGGUGCUAUGCGGUCUUAAAUAGGAUAUCGAUCUUCAGGCUAAAUAAUUAGGUCAUUGAGCUACGACAGUAGGAUUUGAUUUAAUUGUUUAGUACGUAGUAAUUCCCGACAGGGAUAGCUAGCACAUUCGUGAUAUCCUGGCUGUAGAGAGUUGGAUUAAAUUGAUUGGAGUAUGUGAAUUAAUCUGGAUAGGAUAGGUAGUGAAUCCCGGUGUUUCUCCCAGAGCUUUCUCCCAUUGAUUUUCUCCCGACAGUUUUCAUUUAGUUAAUUUGUUUAUUUUAUUUUGCUAGUAGUUAAUAAUCUCAUUAAACCAUUUUCACCUAUAGUUUGCUCUAUUAAAUCGGUAAAUCUUAAGGUUGUACCAGUCCCUAAGAGACGAUACCCGGACUUUCCGGUUUUACUACAAGAUAGGAAUUGAAGCUAUACGCUUUUGACCUAUCAGUACCCCUUUGGUAUCUGCCAAAAAAUGACCCGGAAUAAAUCCGCUCAAAUCGGUGCUUAUGGACUCAAUCAUUGUUGGAGAAUAGCCUCAGGCAGAAUCCGUGAUCUGUAGUCUUCAAUAUCCAAAGAAAAUGGUCUUUCGUCGCCCAAAAAAUUACAAAAAUGCCAUCCAAAAAUAAAUUGGACUAAAUCAGUGCUUAAUCGACUUAUCAUUUGUGGAGAAUAGGAUCAAUAAACAUCAUUAUCGGUGGAGAAUAGCCUCGACCUGAUUCCUUGUUCUGUAGCCUCCAGAAUCGAAAGAAAAUGGCAUUUCGGAUAAAUCGCCUGAAAUCUGUGAUGGUACCCCUUUGGAAUCUGCCAAAAAUUGAUCCGUAAUAAAUCUGCCAAAAUCGAUGCUUAAUGGACUCAAUUAUUGUUAGAGAAUAGCCUCAGGCUGAAUCCGUGAACUGUAGCCUUCAUAUCCAAAGAAAAUGGCCUCUCAUCGCAUAAAAAAUUAUGAAAAUGCUAUCCGAAAAUAAAUUCCCCCAAAUCGGUGCUUAAUGGACUUAUCAUCCGUGGAGAAUAACAUCAAUAGACUUCAUUAUCGGUGGAGAAUAGCCUUGGUUUGAUUCCGUGAUUUGUAGCCUCCAAAAGCGAAACAAAAUGGCAUUGCGGAUAAAUCGCCCGAAAUCUAUGAUGGUACCCCCUUUGCAAUCUGCCAAAAAUUGACCCGGAAUAUAUCCUUUCAAAUCGGUGCUUAAUGGACUCAAUCAUCGUUGGAGAAUAGCCUCAGGCUGAAUCCGUGAACUGUAGCCUUCAUAUCCAAAGAAAAUGGCCUCCCUCUCGUCGCAUAAAAAAUUACGAAAAUGCCAUCCAAAAAUAAAUUGGAAUAAAUCGGUGCUUAAUGGACUUAUCAUCCGUGGAGAAUAGGAUCAUUAAACUUCAUCAUCGGUGGAGAAUAGCCUCGACCUGAUUCCCUGUUCUGUAGCCUCCAGAAUCGAAAGAAAAUGGCAUUUCGGAUAAAUCACCUGAAAUCUGUGAUGGUACCCCUUUGGAAUCUACCAAAAAUUGACCCGGAAUAAAUCUGCCAAAAUUGGAGCUUAAUGGACUCAAUUAUCUUUAGAGAAUAGCCUCAGGCAGAAUUAUUGAUCUGUAGCCUUCAAUAUCAAAAUAAAAUGGCAUUUCGUCG